CUCUAUUGGUUUGCUACUUUGUCACCCAGUGUAGGUCCAUUUUUCCGCAGGGAAUGCUGUAGCGUACAGCUCAUAACAGGACAGUUGAUGCAUUAAUAGCGGGAAUAUUUUGGGAAUUGAUGAACCACGAUUGGAGCGUAUGAAGCCCAGCAGAAUGGAUGUUGAGACUCUGAGUAAAGCAGAGCUGCUAAUGCUGCUGAGCAUAUUGGAGGGAGAGCUGGAGGCUCAGGACCUUGUCAUCCACACUCUCAGGGCACAGCAGCGAGACGCGUUUGUGCAGGAGCGGUACGGGCGAUAUGAUCUCAGUGACCCCUUCAUGGCUCUUCAGAGAGACAACGAGGCAAUGCAGGGUCACGAGCCGGGUCAAACUCAGGCUCGGGCUCAUGGUGGGAGAGGCCAGGUCAACCCAAGCCCACUGGCUGUCCUUAAGCUGGUGAUGAGCCACUGCAAGCGCAUGCAGGAGAAGAUGAUGGCACAGCUAGCGGCGGCUGAGAGCAGACACAGACGGGUUAUUGCUGACCUGGAGGAAGAGAAACGGCGCCAUGCCCAAGACACGGCUGAGGGUGAUGAUGUCACAUACAUGCUGGAAAAGGAAAGAGAGCGACUACUGCAGCAGUUGGAGCUGGAGAGGGCGAGGGCCGAGCGUCUUGAGCGCGAAUGUCACUCGCUUUCCACCCAGGUGGAGGAGAACCAGGCACAGCAGCAGCAGCUCUCUUCUAACCUGGCCAAGGAGUGCCAGCGUGCCAGUGCCCAAGCUCAGGAAGAGAGUGAGCGUGUUGCCCAGCUGUGCAGGCAGCUGGAGCAGGAACGCAGUGCCACGCAGAGUCUGCAAGCAGAGCUGAAGCAGGAGAAGACACAUGCCCUGCAGACGGAGGCCAGAGUCGAGCACCAGCUGGCCGAGUUCGACACGGAGCGUGAGCAGAUGAGAGCGAAGCUGCGCAAGGAGGAAAGCCACAGCAGAGAGCUGCAGGAGCUGAUCGAGCACCUCAGGAAAGAGCUGGAGGAUAUGAAGGAGAAGGAGGAAAGAUGGAGGGAAAAAGUGGAGGAGGAAAAGAAAGCCGCAGAAAAGCAGCCUAACGCAGCAUCAGCUUCUGCAGCCUGCCAGACUGAGCCAGAUGGGAAAGUGGUCAGCACUGAAAAAUCUCAACGGCUCAGACUCAACGGGCAUCAACUGCGUAAAGAGAGCGAGUCUUCAGAAGAGAAAAGCACUGAAAACGGAGGGGUAGAGAAUGGAGGAGCUCUGAGCUCACCUGUGCAUGCGCUUCAGUCUCUUUCUCCCAGCAGCACGGCCUGCUCAUCACUGUCCUCCUCGCCGUGCUCCUCGCCCGUACUGGCCAAGCGCUUGGCGUCAUUGGGCACCUGCAGCCCCACAUACCCAUCAUCUUACCAGGCGAGCGUGAACCAGCGCUUCCAAGCCGCCAGACACAAGUUCCAACAGCAGGCUGAGCAAGGUGGAGCGAUGCCCCUGUCGCCUCGCGAGCUUUCUCCCACCUCUACACCAGUGCCUCCUCUGUCCGAGAACUCCACUGCCAAGCAGAUGGCUCGCAACACUGUCACACAGGUGCUGUCGCGCUUCACCAGCCAACAGGCAGCAGGCAAAUCACCCGCUCCUAACAGUUCACCGUUUGGCACUGAUUACCGUACACUUGCAACAGCUUCCUCACCCACUAGCAAAGGGCCGUGCACUCUGUCACCUGGCAUCCGCUCACCCAUAACCCCCCGGGGGGAGAGAAGCUUUGCAGCCCCGGUAGCCCAAAAGAAGCCUGGCACAAACCAGAAUCCAGGGUCACCCGUAUCUGCAUCCUCGCCUCGCUCUUCUCACUUCCCCGAGCUCUCGAAUAGCUGUGGCAUCAGCAGCACACAGGAGGGCGCUAAAGAGCUCGACCUGCUCAUGUCCAAAUCCAGCUAACCACUAACAAAAGCCAAGGCUUCACCACUUAAUGUCCUUUUAAAUUUAGCACUAGGCUUAAUAGAAAACUAGGGUUCUGGAAACUGUGUGCUUCAGUGAAGUCUGAAAAGGCUUGAAGCACUAAGCAGAACAAAAAGAAUAUAACAGAAAACAACUCGCACAUACCAAACCUGCAGAUUAACUAAUGAGUCAAAUCAAACACUGAUUUUUUUUUUGAGUGUUGGAACAGUGGAGCUCACCAAACUAUCCAAAUCCAGCUAACCACAGGCCAAAUCCACAAAUAGCUCAAAUUAAAGGGCCUAAUCCAUACGCAGCCUCUCUUGGCUCCACUAUUAUCCCUUCUCUAACAGAUUACAGAGCACUCUAAACACUCAAAGCACUCACACUUGCACUCCUGUAUUCCUUUACUCUCCAAAUCCACACAUAAAAAAAGAUCUUUGCAACUGAGAAGCAGAGCAGUGGACAUGGGCUCUUCAUUCUACUGUGGACACUACACAAGGAAGACAACAUUUAUUUAAAUUUCCUUUUUUUUAAUUAAUACAUUAUUAUAUUAACAUCUUGUAUAUUGAGAUAUUUUAUUUAUCCCUAUCAUGUUCCUCUCAUACCACGCAUAUUCUAAGUGGAAAAAGGAAGAAGUGUUAUAAAUGUUAAAAAAAAAACUGACUUUAAAUUAAACAGCAAUAAUUAAUGAUGCAUUCUCAGGUGACCAACCAAUAGUUAGAAUAAACAUGAAAAGAUCACAUUAGUUUUAUGUAUCAAAAUAAAUGAUAUAUACUAUGAAAACUAUUUCCAAGUAGUAGAACAAAUUGCACUUUGGCUAUAUUAAACCCUCCUGCUUUCACUGUUUUUGGGAAGAAAAAUGAUUUUGCAAGCUACAUGUGGACGAAUAUUUCAUAACAUUAAAACACAUUCAGAGAAUUCAAGAUAGUAAAGGACUCGAAUGGUGUGUUUGACAUACCAUUUACUACAGUAGUACACGGUUUGAGACUUGGCCCAAGUGUUCAUGGCUGUGAGGAUGUAGUUAUCUGCUGCUGUUAAGGUAUUAGAAAAAUAAGAAUAAAAACUUUAAUAUGCGCAGGAACAUUACGAUCACAGUUCUGGUCUAGGAGCAGUCUGCACGUCAAUUUGUUGCCGCGUAAUUGUCUUCUGCAAGUUCGUAAACAGCAAAUAAGCUACAGCUGAACGAACUAAUAACUUAAUGUUAGUCAGCUAGAUAAAAUAAGUUUUACUUGAAGAGAAAAGAGUCGCACCGCUGUAACGUCAGAGCUAUGACAGGAGCUUUCCACAAGGCUGUGUGAAUCUCUGGGGCUAAGGGUAGUAAGCUAGCUAGCUAGCUAGAAUAAAGUAUAAAGAGCAAAACUUUAAAACUUAAAAAUGUUGUCUGGUUGCUAAAAUACAUGCAUUGAUAUAUAUUUAACAGCUUAAAGUAUCAAAAUACACAAAUACACCAAACACAAGUAGUUACAUAUCUAUCCACUUGAUGGCUAUCUUUAUCUCAUCAGCUAAAAUAACUUCACUGUAAUACUGAUUCCACAAAUCCAGAUAGGAUCAAUCAAGUGAACAUUAUAACACUAGCUUCCCACUAAAUUAACAAAUAAAUGCCUUACCUGUUCAGCAAGAGAAAAAAGCUACAGUUCCUGAAUCAGUCUGAGUCUCUUGUCCCUAUUGACUAUAUUGACUCUCUCCCCUGAUUGGCUGCCUGUCACUGUGUAUUUGGACUUCUUUAGUGCCUAAAGUUGGGCCGUGAUGAUGUUUAGCAACAACAUUACUCUUAAGAUAAGUUAUUGUGAAUUUUUUCUUCUAUUUUGAUGGAAAAUUGGCAUAAAAGCUGUUAACCUUUUAUUUUAUGAUUCAUCUUACAAAUGCUGCUGUUUUGGGAAUUUAAAGCACGUCAGAUGCAAGAUUGAAAUUAACUGAUUUUUUAAUGAGUUUCAGGUAAUAGAGUAACAGGAUAAAAGUUAAACUUACUUACUGAAAAACUAGAGCCAGUUUAUUGGAUGGGUUAAGGUGAGUAGGUGAUUUAAUUCAGAUGAAAGCUUAAUCUUUGCUAGACUAAAUUUAAUCUGUGUAAUGGAAACUAUCCUAAUGAAAAAGCUUAAAGAGCAUGUUCUUGUAAGCAGUAAGCAGAGAACAGUCUGCAGAGACAGGAGCACAUCUGUUUCUGUUCUAAGCACAGAAGGGAGACAACAUAAAUACUAAAACUGAUUAGUUAACUAAUGAGUUGACUGGCAUGUUGGAAAGGAGAAAUGAGCAAACAUCACCCUCUAGUGUCAGUGAUGAGAAAAGCUCUCACUCCAUUUAACAUUAGACUUUUUUCCAUUAGUGUGGAACAUCAUGUGAAGUAACACUGCAUUUUUCCACUUCAAUCUGUAAGGAGUGGUCAAGAGCAGACUUCUAGAAAAAUAUUCCCUCCAAAUAUGUAGCUUGAAAUAGUCAGCCAGGUGGGUAGUAAAUGCUCAGUGUAGGUAAAUCUAGCAUGUGAUUUGAAACAUUAUAUAAUCAUCUGAAAAAUCAUUAAGAAAUAAAUGACACCAGACUUUCCUGCAUGCUUUCUUUUUCUAUGUGCUCAUGUAAAAAUGCAACAGGAAUUUUGCCUCAUGUGUACACAAUUUGAUUCACAUUAUAUGGCAACUUCAUAAAGAAUUGUACGUAACUGUAGUAGUUUGUCCAAGAUGCUAGAAAUAGCAUACUAGGAAUGAAAGUUGCUCAUUAGAUAAAUAAAAGCACAAAUGGGUUAGAGAGGAAGGGGUCUGAUGAUUUUAAUCUCUAGGGCUGUCUAAUAGAUAUGAAGAGGCUUUAAAAAAAUAAACUGUCACUCAGUGGAUUGUUGUUGUAUAUGGAUAUUUCAUAUGUUUCUAGUUUUACCAUCCUUGCAAAUAGUCAGCCUACUUAAUCCUUUCACUUUUCUUGUCAAACGACACUUAAAUUGCACACAAAUUGAAGUGUGAAACACCAACUCCUCAGUCUGAAGUCUAACCUGUGGGCAGUACUCACACGGUUUUCGUUAUCUUCUUAUAAGGAUUUAUGUUUAACUCCAACUUUCCUUCUGGUCUGAUACCUCACAAAGCCUUUACUGUAUUUUUUUUGUCCAGCACAAACCUGGGCUUGUACUACUGUAAUUUUUUGUGACUUUUUUUUAAAUGAAACUGUUCGUCUUGAAGAUAAUGAAUAUGCAUUUUACCUGGUGUUCUUAACAAGAAUUGCUCCACACUGCAAAAACUUUUUUUUUUUUUUUUUUAAAUGAAUGGGAAAAUAAAAUCUUUUGGAGCUCAACUUACAUAAUAUUGUUUGUAAACGUGUCAUGGUUUUUCCAUUUAAUCUUCAUUCAUCUUUAGGCACCACUUUAUCCUGGUAAGGGCUGCUGUGGAUCCUGAGCCUAUCCCAAGAACACUGUGUGCAAGACAAGAUUCUACUCCAUGAUAAUAUGCCAAACACACACACACACACACACACACACAUUCCCUAGAUUUGAAAGUAAGGAGUAAUCAAUCCACAUACUGGCAUUUUUUGGGGAGCUGGGAGGAAACAGGAGGACCCUGAGGAAGCCCAUGUGGACACAGGGACAAUGUGAAGGUUCACACAGACAGUAUACCAGAGUCAGGAACACAACACUGAGUUUUAUCAAAAUUACAAAAUAUUAGCUGUAGCUUGAAACUGUCAAAGAUAUCUGAAAAUGCAUUGGGAUGCGUUAAUGCUUUAUUGUCUAGAUUAAACUAAAUUAAAGUUUAGAGCUUUUAAGUUUUUAUUUUGUAAUGCAUCACCUGAUCAUCCACUUUGAUGGAUUGGUCAGUGAAGGAAAAAUAGCAAUAGCGUUACUCUCAAGAUAAAUUAUCAGUAUUUUUUUUUCUUUUGUGAUUGAAAAUUGGCAUAAAAACUUUCAAGGAAUCUUUUAUUUUCUGAUCCAUCUUAUAUAUGCUGCUAUUUUGAGAAUUUAAGCCACCUCAGAUGCAAGAUUGAGAUUAACUACGUUUUAAACAAGUUUCAGGUAACAGAGUAACAGGUUUAAGACUUGUUACUUGUUAAGACAAGUUAAGUUAAACUUACUGAAAAACUAGAACCAGUUUAUUGGAUGAUUUAAGGCAACUGGGUGAUUUAAUUAAGACCAAAGCUUAAUCUUUGCUGGCAGAACCCACUGUUGCACUACACAUCUACAAUCCCAACUCCAGUCUCAGGAUAGAACCAAUGCUACCCUCUGCAAUGUUGUGCUGCCCUGCAUUUACUCUUUAAAAUGAACUUUUUUAAUCUGCCCUUGCCUAAAUUUACUAGAGUUUUAGUUCUAGUCUUAAUUCACAUCAAGGGAAAGGCACAACAUUGUUACCUUGUUGUUGGGUCCUGGAAAUCCUUAUGUACCUUUGGAGACUUACCUUUAGAGGACUAUCAGGGUUUACUACAGUAUGAAGUCACUUCAGCAUGUUAAAGCGGUCCAAUCAAGUCUAGGUUAUUACACUGAAUAAGUGCACUAAAGCCAGUCUCCGCUGAGUCAAAGAGCUAUAAACAGACCCCUGAAAGAGGAAAAACAUUCCAGACAGUUUCAGUCAUCAGCUUGGUGCCAAUUCUUUAUUACCUGUGAGUAGCAUAGACUUUGCUAAAAUCAGCAUAAGAGCUUUGUUACAGGACAGAGAGAGACAGAGGUGAUGUGAAAGUGAUAUUAUACAGUGUGACAAUGCUUCCGUGUUCAGGGUGAAUUUUACAGUGAUGAAGCACCGAACAGUACCAUGACAUGAACAUGCGACAGCAACACUGAUGACGCCCCCGUACGCUUCAGGACAGCAGAGUGCAUAGAACAACUCCGAUUUGCUGUUUGCAUUGUAAGACUCGUUCAAUUCUGGACACCCCAAAGCGCGCAGGAUGCCUACAACAAAAGAGUGCUAGCGUGGGUUUUAAGGACUGCUUAGUAAAAUAUAACAUCUGUAUGUAUAAAUAUGAAACUCAGAAUUAACAGGGAUUUCUCUGCCAUGGGAAAGAGGACUACUGGCUUCUUUUCUUUUAUUGAUUUUGGAAUUCAUAUUUUGAAUGUUGUCUUUUUUUUUUUUUUGGGGAGGGUUUAAGUUACAGGUGGAAGGAGGUACUAAGAGUAGGCAUUAAGACAAAGACCAAUUCCAACACUCAGACACAAGCCUUCCC